AUUGGCGAAUUCAGUUCUGUCAAAAUAUCCCAAACGUAAACAAGGUGCGAAAUUAUAAUUUUUUGGAAUGUUGCGAUAAAUACGAUAGUAAAUUAAUUUAGUUUUGAAAAAUUAAUCAAAAUGGACCAGGAACUACUUCUUACUAACGAUGUCUUCAAUGCAGACGAUAUCACUGAAUUAGAGGAUUUCCUUAAUGGAUACGACGGGGAUUUUAUGUCUAAAUUAGAAGAAGAAUUAUCAUUAGUCGAUAAUAAUAGCCCGAGUUUAGAUUGGUGUGUUGAUAGUGCAAAAAUUGAAACUAAACCACAGCAAUCUCCACAACCUAAACAUAAUGGAAAUCCAUUAGUUUCUCAAUACUCACAAACUAGUAAACCGGCACAUAAUGUGUCACAACCAAAGAGUAGUCCGGUAUUGGGUGUAUAUAGUAGGGAUGAAGGAUAUAAUUUGCAACCAGCUAAAAAUUCAGCACCUUUGCCUGAUGUGACCCAACAUAGCCAAGCAAAAAUCACUCCACAGCAACCAAUGGUUAUUCAACAAGUUGUUCAAAGCCCGGUAUAUGUGAAUAUUACAAGAGCAAAUUUACAACAAUUUGCCGAUGGCAGAACAUCAUUUGUUCCUAUUGAUGGAAGUACACAAUUAACUCAAGCAAGUAAAACAAAUCAACCUAAUCAACCACUUUUGAUACCAAGUAAUGCAAAAACUGUGACACCAUUUAUUCUAAACACUCAAGAUGCAAACUACUCUCCAGUUAUUUUAAGAUCUAAUAUUAUUAACCCAGAAACACAAACACUGAUGUACACAAGUGAACCAAUACAAGCUACAACUCAAAGCAUUUUAACCAAUACGAAUUCCACCACUGAGAGUAGACCAAUACAUACAUUCUUUGCAAGUAAUAACGCUCCAACAGUUCUGACUGGCAUCCCUGUAGUUCUUGAUGGAGAUAAGAUUGCCUUGAACCAAGCAAACUUGGGUGUGCCGAAAGUGAAAGAGGUUAAGCGGAGUGCUCAUAAUGCUAUUGAAAGGAGAUACAGAACUAGUAUUAAUGAUAGAAUAGUUGAAUUGAAGAAUAUGCUUGUUGGAGAAGAUGCAAAGCUAAACAAAUCUGCAAUAUUAAGAAAAACAAUAGAAUACAUCAAGUACUUACAAAAUCAGAAUACAAGAUUGAAAUCAGAGAAUGCAGCGUUAAAGUUGGCUUGUCAAAAGUCUGGUGUGAAGGAACCAGUUUUCGAAGGAGCGUACACUCCACCACACAGCGAUGUUUCUUCACCAUACCAGUCACCGCAUUCACUUGACAGUGAUUCACCAUCUUCACCGGAAUUCAAGGUUGAAGAUAAAUAUUCCAAAGUGGUUAUCGGAAUGGGUGACCACUCUAGGUUAGCACUCUGUGCGUUUAUGGUUGGUUUGAUUGCUUUCAAUCCAUUCAGUGCCUUCUUCGGAGCGUUCAUGUUUGAAUCAACAUCAACUGUUUAUUCAACGAGAAUAGAUCAGAGAAGAAUAUUGUCAGAAGAGAACUUUGGUUCAGUUGGAAUGCCUUGGGGUUCAUGGUUCUUCAACAACUUCUUUAUAUAUUUACUGAACUUUGCGGUGCUUGCCUUGUGUCUUAUAAAGUUAUUGGUAUAUGGAGAUUCUGUUCCGAAAUCACAAUCUAAAGAAGCAGGCCUGUUUUACAAUCACAAACAUCAAGCUGAUAAUUAUUUGAAGAAGGGUGAUCUAAGUAACGGUCGGUUGGAGCUGCACCGUGCGCUGAGCGUGUGCGGCAAGAGCGUGCAGGCGGGCGGUGCGGGGCGCGCCGGUCUGUCCGCGCUGGCCGCCGCAGCCCUGCGUCAGAUGCUGCAGCGACUGCCCUUCGGUGGCUUCCUCGCCAGGCGGGCGGGAGACUUGUGGACUGAUAGCCCUGCAAGAAGAGCGACUCGACAUUGGGCUGCUGAAGUAGCGAGUGUUUCAAACCGGCUGGCGCAGUUAGAGAUCUUGUCCAGCCACAAGGGGCGCAGCGAGCGCGUGCUGCUGGCGCUGCAGGCCAUCAACCUGGCCGAGGUGACCGGCAACAGACAGCUUAUGUCCGACACUUAUGUCACCGCCGCUUUGGUGUUCAAAGACUAUAUGCCCAAGAUUGGCAAUUGGUUGUGCGGGUACUACUUGAGGUUGUGCGGCACGUGCUCGCAGGCGAGUGCGCAGGCGCAGGUGCGUCUGCGGUGGGCGGGCAGCGCGCGCGGGCAACGGUUCCUGCGCACGCGCCGCUGGAGCUACGAGCGCGCGCCGCACGCGCCGCACGCGCUACUCUCCCGCCUGCCCAGCCCCGCUGACCCGCUCGCAUAUGCUAUGCGGGCGUAUCACGUGGAGGUGCUACAGAAGAGCCUGCAGAUGUUGCUGAGCGCGGACGAGCGCAGCAGCACGCGCGAUGUCCUUGAUCUCGUCAAACUCAUACUGGACGACGUCUCCACUGACUCUCCCCAACACACAGGUUGCUGGGAUCCGGUUAUGGAGUGGUGGGCGAACAUAGUGGGAGUGGCGGCGACCUGGUUGCUGGGCGAGGGGGCGCGCGCGGCUGAGCUGGCCGACCGCCUGCAUCUGCUACCUGAACCCCUCGCCACAUGCGAGGACCCCCUGCCAGGGGCGCUGCACGCCGCGUACAAAAGCCGUCGCGCCCUGCUCAGCCUCGCGCACUGCUCCGAUGACCGUCUCAGGGAGAGGACUUCGCAAACCAAUCUCAAGAUGUGUGAUAUUGCUGGAGCCCGAUUAGCAGAUUCAUUGGCGUAUUAUUGCUGCAGAAAACCAACACAACUUAUGAUGUUGAUGCAAGUACUAUGCUGCGACUGGGUGCUGGAGGUGCGCGCGGCGGUAUGGGAGGCGGGGGCGGGGGGCGCGGGCGCGGGGCAGGCCGCUCCUCCCGCGUCGCACGCGCAGCUGCAGGCCUUCCAGAGAGAUCUGCACUCGCUCAGGAGGCUGUCGCAGAGUUUACCGUGGGUGACGUCGCGCGUGUUCCUGCAGUCAGCAGUGUGUCGUAUGAUGGCGGGCGCUGCGCCGCGUCGUACGCAGCAGCUGCUCGAUGGCAGCCUGCGUCCCAGGUUCAAUCGCUCCUCCAUUAUAUGCGGAAAAGAGCGCGCGCUGGAGGGGGGCAGCGGGGAGGGUGAGCGCGCGGUGGCGCUGUACAUGGCGUGCAAGCACCUGCCGGCCGGCGUGCUGGCGGCGCCGGGCGAGCGCGCUGGCAUGCUGGCCCAGGCAGCCGCCAGUCUGCAGCGCGUCGGACACCGCAGCCGCCUGCCGCACUGCUACCACCUCAUGAAGUCCCUCGGCACGCUGCCCGCCGCGCACUGACACAAACAUCUAGCACCUGCUUCAAAAUAUAAAUUGAGCUGAACUAUUUUUGAAUGACAGGCCAGGUUUUUUUAUAUUCUUGGUCAGGCUGCUACUACGUAAUAAACUGUGCCUCUGAUUCUACAAGUUUUACAAGUCUUUGACCGCUAUUAUAAUCAGUAAAACUUUUAUUAUAGAAUUAGAUAGAUGAAACCGAUUUGAAAAUUUAUAUUCUGUGAUUAAUAGGAAUAAGUUUAAUACAUAUGUUAAAAGCUUUUGGGGGUUGUAAAAUAAAUAAUAUAGCUAGAAAUCUAUUAAUAAUUCGCAAUAAAUACGAUUGGCAAAGUAAUUAAUAAAAUAUUAAGUGCAAUAAUAAUAAAAGUUUUACUUAGCCCAAAAAUCCCAUUUCUGUAUUAAGCCUUACUUUAUAAAAGUAACCUUAGCCUUAUUAACCAUUGAUUUAUUUUGACCUACUUGUAUGGGUUUGCAACUAUAAUAAAUAUUUUUAUAAAGGCAGUAUAGCAAACUUUUCGCAAAAAAAAAACCUUUUACCACCCCCCUCCCACCACACUAUGCUGCUGCACAGUAGAAGUAAUGCAAUUGUUGAAUAUAUUUUUUAGGUUUUAAUUCAGAAGUAUCAGUAAUAUUAGGCAACCGUUUUAAUUAUUAGUCACAAUAAAGUAAUAUUCUAAUAUCACUAGUAAUUAAUGAAUGUUAUAAUUAUUUUAAAUAAGUGCCUUACAAUUGUGAAUUGAAAUACUUAUGAUAUAAUAAAUUAAAAUAGUUUAUGCAUU